UUAGAUAUUUCGAAAAAACGAUAGAAACGCGACAUAGAAUGAAGAAAUUGUUGUCUAGUUAUGCACAUGGCACAUACAUUGUUAAUUACUACAUUUUUAAUUCAAUCAUUUUUUUUUGAAUCUUGCUUUGAUCAAAAAAACAAGAAAUUUCAAAAACGCUAAUCGGGUGGUUGUAAAAGAAAGAUGAAGACGACGUCAUCUUUCACUCACAUGUUUGUGGCAUUCAAGAUGGCGGCGGAUACUCCGCAUAUUUCUUGUGGACGUGACUUCUUCUCCGUCCCUGAUUUAUCACAAGCAUUAAACUCUAGCGCUUCAGAUAAAUUUCACUUUAUUUGCCUGCCAAUUGCUCACCCACGAUUUAAACGAGAAUUCAUUAAACCAGUGUGUCUGAGAAGUCGACCUUUUACGAGGUCAGACCUCCUGUUACCUAGUCAAGAUUGGAAUACGCUUGUGGUUGGCAAGGUCUCACCAUGGAUAAACACAGACUCGAAUAACGAUGUUGAAAGAAAGAACUCAGAACAAGCAUUACUUCAGGAGAUAGCCUAUGCUGUUCACCUUGGUCUACCUGCAAUUUUGGUCAAUCUUACAAAACAACCUUGUACGAAUCUUGCGGCCAUCAUCAAUGGGAUCUGCUUUGAUUCUCAUGUACAACAGUUUUGGAUUCGAGUGCCAAUGAAGAGCCCGGCCAAUGAAAUCGACAGGUCCUUAUUUGAAGAUGGAAAAAUUAGUAAGAAAUCCGAAGAAGAUAGCGACACGUGGGAAUGGUGGAAUUCCUUCAGAACAUUAUGUCACAACACUAGAAAAGUUGGACUUGCUCUUGAAAUCAGCAAUGAAUUGCCAACUGAGAAAGAAAUCAAGCGAUGGCUUGGCGAACCAAUCAGGACGUUGAUUAUACCUACAAGAAUUUUUUUGACCAAUAAGAAAGGUUAUCCAGUUCUUUCCAGAUCGCAUCAACAAUUUAUUAGACAUUUAUUUAAGUUCAAUGUGCAGUUCGUCAUAUCCGGAUCAAAUAAGAUGCGGAAUAAAGGAAUGAUUACGUAUUAUCAAUAUUUGGAUCAUCUAUAUUUGACAAGACCACCUUUAGACUGCUACAGUCAGUUCUCCAAAGGCUACGAAGAUUAUUUACAAUGUCCUUUACAGCCUCUUAUGGACAAUCUUGAAUCACAAACGUAUGAAGUGUUUGAAAAAGAUCCCGUCAAGUACAAUCAAUAUCAAGAGGCUAUAAGACAGGCGCUCAUUGACCGUGUAUCGGAUAAAAGUAUAGAGUCGGCAGUCACGGUAGUGAUGGUUGUCGGAGCGGGUCGUGGCCCACUCGUCAGAGCUUCGUUUGCCGCCAGUAAAGCAUGCGGUCAUGCCAUAAAAGUUUACGCGAUCGAGAAAAAUCCAAACGCUGUUGUGACAUUGCUCACACUUAAACAAGAGGAAUGGGGCGAUAACGUGAUUGUCGUGUCCUCGGACAUGCGCGAAUGGAAUGCUCCUGAAAAGGCAGACAUCUUGGUCAGUGAACUGUUGGGGUCAUUUGGGGAUAAUGAAUUAUCGCCGGAGUGUCUGGAUGGUGCUCAACGCUUUUUAAAGGAUGAUGGCAUAUCAAUCCCAGAAUCCUAUACUUCAUAUUUGGCGCCAUUGUCGUCGGCCAAACUUCAUUACGAAGUAUCUCAAUGUCGCGAACCAAAUAAAGGACCACAGGCCCCAUUUGAAACACCUUACGUUGUGAGACUUUGUAAUGUUGACAUUGUCGCUGAACCCAAGGCUUGUUUUCAUUUCUCCCAUCCAAAUAAAGAUGUCCCCAUCGACAACAGCCGUGCGGCAACAAUUGAUUAUCAAAUGCAGAACUCCUGUCUUAUACAUGGUUUUGCCGGUUUCUUUCGAACGGUUUUGUACAAAGAUUUAUUUUUAAGCAUCGUUCCCGAAGAUCAUUCAGAAGGAAUGUUCAGUUGGUUUCCUAUUUUUUUCCCAGUUCAGCAUCCAAUCUACUUGCCAGAGAACUCCUUCUUACGUGUUCAUUGCUGGCGAAAGGUUUCACGGACCAAGAUCUGGUACGAAUGGUGUAUUUCAAAACCACACACCAUUCCUAUACAUAAUCCUUGUGGAAGAUCGACUUUCAUCGGGCUCUAACUCAUUUUAUGUACCGUCUUCUUUCAACGGAUGAAAACAAGUUGCCAAAAACUGCACUGAACACUUUCGAAUCGAAUGGAGUGCACAUUUAAACACUGGUUUUCAAUGAACAUUUUUAAGUAUGGUCGGAAUCGCUUGUUGACACUUCGUCUUCAAGAUAGUUCGGCUUGUAUAAAAUGUUAGAUUGUAUUUUAUCUGUAAUAUUGCACAGUAAAUUGUAGAGUUAACGGAUGUAGCAUUUUUUUCGUAGUUGUGAAAUAGAUAUUUCUCCAUCAAAA